AAAUUAUGAAGAAAAUUAAGCGCUUUAAAAGCAGAACAAAGGAAUUCAUGAGUGGAUUUGAAUCUACCCACGAUGAAAUACGUGCCGACGAAGAAACCUUCAUUAUCGUUCACCUUUUGAAGAAAAGUGAUUCAAAUUCUCCAAUACUGGACGGCUAUCUUGACCAACUGGCAAUGCUCGCCUGCUGCACCAGUCCUCAUGUAGUGAAAAGAGCGCUUGAUGCUCUUCUCAACGAAAUAUUUAUAAGCAUUUCCAAUUCCACAAGAAUUCGAUGUCGUAACAUAUUGAAAGCUGAAGAGAUCCUUCGUGCGUCGUUUCUAGAGUCUAUGAAGCUGGACCAUUUUACAGCUAAAUCUCAUCGAAUGACGACAUACGCUUGGCUCAUCACGUUAGUCCUUCUCAAGCACAGUAAAGAAGAAUACAUAGAAAUUCUUCCAAAACUCAGAGAAUUUGACAAAACGCUGGAAACUCUCCAGAGUGACAAGGACGAAAAGCUUUUCGGCGGACGAAAUACUUUUCGGUACGGUGUUUAUCUUGCCCGGGAAAGUAUUAAACGAAUUUCAAGAAAAAAGGACACGAGGGAAUCCUUAUAUAGUAGUAUCAAGAAAUGCGAAAAUUUUCUGAAUAGCAAACUGGAGAAAAACGAAGUCAUGAAGCUUGGUAAAGCGAUCAGUGAUGGAGGUAAUUGGCUGGAUCUUCACGUAUGCCUGGCGUUUUUGCAAGAUUUACCAAAG